UGUUUGAUAAAACAAUAGACAAUUGUCUUUUGAUUAACUUACAUAGUUUACAGACGACACGUUCUUUUAAAACGGUUUAACACAGUGUAUGUUUGGUUUAUAGUCCAACUUGAUAAAAUACAUCCAAGAUGUCAUAUUUUGAUGGUAAUAUACUGGAUCGGAUGAAUUUUUAGUUAAAUCGACACUUUAAAGAUAGCCACUCAAGAUGGCGAUUUCAUCUCUGGCCGACUAUGGCGACUUGAGUAGACUUCGAUCAUGGUCCAGACACAGUAACUUUGACACACCAAAGAGCAUGAAAGGUGUCUGGAGAACCUCGUACCAAUCGACAUUUAACGGAAAGAAAAUCGGAUUCAAUCCUGACAGAGUGAUAGUUGAUUAUUUUACCGGGCAGCGCCAAAUAGUACCAAGUCGCGCGAGUUUCACUCAUGAUAGAUUCAAGACGUCCCUGAACGAGCGCGCUCGAAACGGCUUCCGGUACUGGGUGCUUGAAAAACCCAAAACUACGAACUUUGGAAAGUAUGGAACCGGGGCCUACAAAACUGUACUUGGAGUUGGUAACGCCCCUCGCACGUAACCCGAUCCACGGGGCGGUACAACAUUGGGGUGUGGCAACAGUGACUACUAGUACAUGUAUAUACAUGCAGACUCUUUAUUACGAUCUUCAGAUAAUGUGAUUGUGUUAUGUGUGUGAAACAUGUGCGGAUAGUUUGUUUGAAAUAUUUUGUAGUUAUGUGUUUUUGUGAAUGGCUUAAAUGUUAAUUAAAUCAUAAUGAACGUAAAAUAAAUACAUGUAUUUCUGCUA